GAGCACCUUAGCUGAAUGCUCUCCAUAAUUCCCUUUGGCAGCUUUUUCAGUACCACCCAGGCUUGUCAUUGGGCACCUGGGCUUCCCAGCAGGCCAGCUGGGGUCUAGGGAGAGGACUUGUCUUCUCUACUUGGCCACAGAAUGAAGCUACUUAUCAGAGCCCUCUUCUUGUGGUUGAGUCUAAGGGGUUGUGUGGCCCAGACUGAACCGGACUCUGAAACUGGGGAAUCCUAUUCUGACUGGGGUCUUCGGCACAUCCGGGGAAGCUUUGAAUCAGUCAACAGCUAUUUUGACUCCUUUCUUGAGCUGCUAGGAGGAAAGAAUGGGGUUUGCCAGUAUAGGUGCAGAUACGGGAAGGCACCAAUACCCAGACCUGGUUACAAGCCUCAGGAGCCCAACGGCUGCAGCUCUUACUUCCUGGGUCUCAAGGUACCGGACAGUAUGGACUUGGGGAUCCCAGCAAUGACCAAGUGCUGCAACCAGCUGGACACCUGUUACGACACAUGCGGGGCCAACAAAUACCGCUGCGAUGCCAAGUUCCGCUGGUGCCUCCACUCCAUCUGCUCAGACCUCAAGCGCAGCCUGGGCUUCGUCUCCAAGGUGGCAGCUUGUGAUUCACUCGCCGACACGAUAUUCAAUACCGUAUGGACCUUGGGCUGCCGACCAUUCAUGAACAGUCAGAGGGCAGCCUGCAUCUGUGCUGAAGAAGAGAAGGAAGAGUUAUGAUGAAGAGUUGGCUUCCCCCUGCCCUCCAGUGAUACCACACCUGCCUGCAUCCCUCCCUCAGAGAGGACAAUGAAAUCACGAGAUACUCCAUCAGCCAUAUUCCAUCCUUCUUUGUAACAGCCUAGCUACCACAAAGAGAGAGGGUGCAGUAAAUUACAGCUUGGAAAGUGAGUCAUGACUUUUGCGGAGACCUGCCUGACAAUGAGCAGGAGAGAGAUUGGAAAGCCUGAUAUUCCACUGCAAGUCCUAGAAAUCCCCCUGCCUGGUAAAACUGUUCACACAGAGAAACUGCAGCACAAACUUUGAGAGUCCUGGACUUGAAGCUUGUAUUCACACAGGAACUUUGGGCAAAUCUUGACUCUCCUGAGGGGGGUGAUGGCUUUCCAUCAGUCCAUGCUUUGGUUGUCCCUUGCUAGACACAAUAAAGUGAACUUUUUAAAAA